AUGAGGAAGGUCGACAAAGGACACUAUGUCAAAAUAUACUAUUGGACCAAUGACGGUUUAGACGAUGCUCUCGUCAACUACCACAUGAAAGACAACAACGGCAUGGUACCAACCACGGGAGAAGACAGAUCAAUGAGAUGGGUCAGUGUGGCAGCCACGAGGCCAUCAACUGGUGUGGUAGCAGAUUGCAAUCUCACAUCUGUAGACUUUGCCCAGGCUGUCCCACGCAUGAUCCACUCUCUUGAAGAGAAGGGCUGGCCCAAGCAAAGAGUCAUAAUGCUUGCUCAAUUCUGGGGAGCACUGAUGAUGCACAGACACUGGAACUCCAGAGAUAAGUCAGUGCACAAGGGUUUAAUGCUCUUCCAAGAAGAACAACAAUGUGCCUGGCACAACGCAAUCCCCAUUCCAGCCAACGCAUAG